GCGCACUGAACCGGCCCUUUAGUUUAAGGGAGGAGAGCAGUCGAUCGCAAUCGACUGUAUUCAGUCACAGCUUCUCGAGGUCUUCUCACUCGGAAAGCUAAACUUUGAAAAGGGUAGAUCUCUGAUUUUUGAGAUCGCAGAGUCUCGGCAGAGGAGGUUGUCUGGACUGUAUGCCCUGUCCUGCCAACACUCGUUUGGCACAGACAGAUACAUCCCGAUUCGAAAGUUUCACAGAUAGUAGCAUAUAGUUCUAGUUUAUGGAGGGACAUUCCUCGAGAGACGCGCGAAUUUCCGGAGUACAUGAGCAAUUCAGUCGAUGGAAGCGGUCCUCCACACACCGAAAGAACAGAGCUCAAGAGUUCAAAACAGGGAGACCAUGAUCGCGCGUGGUGUCUUUGUUGAAACCAAUUGAAGCAGAGCAAUUCGUAACUUUCGAAUCGGAGAAUACCUAGCUGUGUGACCAAUCUCAUACAGUUUCUUCAAAAUGGGUGACUGGCGUUCGAUGUUGAAGUCGCAAGUACGAGAAGCCAACAUCAAACGGAUAAAAGAAGUUAUGGAGAAGUAUGUACCAUCAGACGGGCUCGAAGCUGCCCUGUUGAGAUUCUCCAAGAACUUUGAGGAGGAUUGUUGGAAGAAGGCAAAAGAUUUGGCGGAGUAUAACAAGAAAAUCAAAAUGGAAAUAGAAAGUAUAGAGAAGUAUGAUAAACUUUGUGAGGAUAAUCCAUUUACAUCGAGGCAAUAUGAAGGUUUUCUUGGAGCCAUUAAAAUGAAAUACACCUCUAAGACAGUGGCUGCUCCAGAAUCCGGAAGAAAGAGGGAUCCUGACGAGAUCACUCUCGAACAAUCAGCCAAAACAGUUCUCAAACGGAAAUCGUCAUUAAAAGCAGCGGUUUCAACACUUCUUCUCAGCAGCGCCCUCAAAACUGGGAAGAGUAGCCGUUUGGCGAUAAAACAUGCCGCUUCCGCUCUCCUGCACAAAAUCGGGUCCGGAGAGAUGCAACAAACUGCGAGUGGACAUCCGAACACUCCAGACGUAACUUUAUCUAGCAAACUCUCUGAAUCUCCAAGCAGCUCGACUGCUGCGCAGGCCCAUGCUCGUCAUCUGAUUCAGAAAAAAAACAAAACUCCUUUAGCUCAGAAAAUUAAUAUGCAUAUGAUGGCAUCGGGCCAAGGAGGACCAAAUCAGGCACCCGUAACCUGCUGAACUCUCAAAUCAGAGAUUCUGGGAACCUGAAAGAUCAAUAUACAUAGAAGAUGAAGUUGCAGCAAUACUCUACGUUCAUGUUGAUGAUCGACAUGAACAUGAACGACAUGAAACGUAGAGCUGAAUCCAGCAUCUCUCUCGAUCAUCUCUACUCCACAGAAUCCUAGAGUAGAGAUAUAUAAUUUAUGUAAAACUAAAAAGAUAUAUGGGCUUAUACAUAGCAAACGUGAAGUGCUUCUCAUGUACCAGGAAAUUACAACCCGGUUAUAAAUCAACAAAAAUCAUCUAAAGUUUCCAAAGAGAAUAUUCUUUUGUACUUUUAAGUGUUGGUAUUCUUACAAUAUCAUUCUUACGUGGAUUUUAGAGACAUCUGUACUCAUAUUGUAAACAAUAGUUAAGGUAGCUGGCUGCAAUAUAUUCCAUGCCUUCUCAUGAAAGAAAGGGGCCAACUGGAUAGUAGAAAAUGAUAAUUACACAUCUUUCCUAGACAAGGAAUAAUACAGGUGUAGGCCCCGUGGUAUCCUGAUUAGAAACAAUUUAUACGGAGAUUACAACAUCCAAUACUAGGACUCGACUUGUAGGUUGGGUGUUUCCAUGUUAAUGCGGAGAAUGGGGAGUAGAGGCGCGCGAGGGAGACACGAUGCGAAAAGCUUGAAGAAUGUUUGGGGCCAGGAGUAACUUUUCAUCUGUUCAGAUUGCACUUUGCUCAUUUUGAAUAAAGAAUGUAUUUCUUUGGUU